UGGCAGCUAUGGCCCAGUCCUGAGCGCCCCGCCAUGGCCGGCGCCCCCAGCCUGCUGCGCCUGGCGCUCCUGCUGCUCGGGGCGGUGGGCAAAGCCGGCCCCCGCCCGCAGGGUGCCACGGUGUCCCUCUCGGAGACAGUGCAGAAAUGGCGAGAAUAUCGACGCCAGUGCCAGCGGUUCCUCACUGAAGCACCGCCUCUGGCCACAGGCCUCUUCUGCAACCGAACCUUUGAUGACUAUGCCUGCUGGCCAGAUGGGCCCCCGGGUUCCUUCGUGAAUGUCAGCUGCCCCUGGUACUUGCCCUGGGCCAGCAGUGUGCUCCAGGGCCAUGUGUACCGCUUCUGCACGGCUGAGGGUCUUUGGCUGCAGAAGGACAACUCCAGCCUGCCCUGGAGGGACCUGUCGGAGUGUGAAGAGUCCAAGCGAGGGGAGAGAAACUCCCCCGAGGAACAGCUCCUGUCUCUGUACAUUAUCUACACCGUGGGCUACGCACUUUCCUUCUCUGCCCUGGUCAUCGCCUCCGCCAUCCUCGUUGGCUUCAGACACUUGCACUGCACCCGGAACUACAUCCACCUGAACCUGUUUGCAUCCUUCAUCCUCCGGGCCCUGUCCGUCUUCAUCAAGGAUGCUGCCCUCAAGUGGAUGUAUAGCACGGCUGCCCAACAGCACCAGUGGGAUGGACUCCUCUCCUAUCAGGACUCUCUAAGCUGCCGACUGGUGUUCCUGCUCAUGCAGUACUGUGUGGCGGCCAACUACUACUGGCUGCUGGUGGAGGGUGUCUACCUGUACACGCUGCUGGCCUUCUCAGUGUUCUCGGAGCAGCGCAUCUUCAAGCUGUACCUGAGCAUAGGCUGGGGUGUUCCUCUGCUGUUUGUUAUCCCCUGGGGCGUUGUCAAAUACCUCUAUGAGGAUGAGGGCUGCUGGACCAGGAAUUCCAACAUGAACUACUGGCUCAUCAUUCGACUGCCCAUUCUCUUUGCUAUUGGGGUCAACUUUCUCAUCUUCAUCCGGGUCAUCUGUAUUGUGGUAUCCAAACUGAAGGCUAAUCUCAUGUGCAGGACUGACAUCAAAUGCAGACUUGCCAAGUCCACUCUGACGCUUAUCCCCCUCCUGGGGACACAUGAGGUCAUCUUUGCCUUUGUGAUGGACGAACAUGCCCGAGGGACCCUCCGCUUCAUCAAGCUGUUCACAGAGCUCUCCUUCACUUCCUUCCAGGGCCUGAUGGUGGCCAUCUUGUACUGCUUUGUCAACAAUGAGGUCCAGAUGGAGUUUCGGAAGAGCUGGGAGCGCUGGAGGCUGGAGCACUUGAACAUCCAGAGGGACAGCAGCAUGAAGCCCCUCAAGUGUCCCACCAGCAGUGUAAGCAGUGGGGCCACCGUGGGCAGCAGCGUGUACGCAGCUACCUGCCAGGCUUCCUGCAGCUGAGCCCCAGUGCUGCCCCCCCCUCCUGUGGUCCUUGCUGCCGGCUAGGUGGCCAUCCCAGGUGGGACAGACCCUCCCAGGGACAGGGACGGGCA